AUGACAAAGGCAUCAACUGAAGAAUAUCCCUACAACCUGGGGUCAUACGGGAAGGUGAUCACAACCACUAGUCCUGAAGCCCAAAUAUGGUUCGACCGUGGUCUGGUAUGGGCAUAUUCUUUUAACCAUAAGGAAUCCGUCGUCUGUUUCAAACAGGCACUUGUGCAUGAUCCAUUAUGUGUAAUGGCCUACUGGGGGUUGGCCUAUUCUCUCGGUCCCAACUACAACCAGCCCUGGGAUUUCCUGGGCAACGAUUUGGCAGCUGUCGUUGAAAAUACAUAUCGAGCUGCAAUCAAAGCUCGUUUUCUCUCUAAAAAAAAUGGUUCCCCCCUGGAACAGGUCCUCGCCAAGGCAAUCUCCGCCCGCUAUCAAAGUGAUAAGCCUGCUAGCAUGGAACAAUAUGCUAUUCAAAAUAUUGCAUAUGCCGAUGCCAUGAAAGAGGCAUAUGAACAGUUUAGCGAUGAUUUGGAUGUGGUCACUCUAUACGCUGAUUCCAUGAUCAGCCUCACCCCCUGGAAAUUGUGGGACUCGGUGACCGGCGCACCAAACCCAGGUGCUCGUACAAUGGAAGCAAAGAGGGUUCUGGAGACAGCUCUCCAACAUAAAGAUGCGUCCAAACACCCCGGUCUCCUGCACAUGUACAUCCAUCUCAUUGAGAUGUCACCCUUCCCAGAACUAGGUCUCCGACCGGCGGACCACCUCCGUGAUCUCGUUCCAGAUGCGGGCCAUAUCACUCACAUGCCAUCCCAUCUGGAUGUGCUGGUUGGAGACUAUCGAAGUGCCGUGCGCGCCAACCAGCGUGCCGCUAUUGCAGACGAGAAAUACCUGGCGCUGAAAGGCCCAUUUAAUUUCUACUCAGUCUACCGCAUGCACACCUACCACUCGCUCAUCUACGCCGCCAUGUUUGCGGGCCAGAAACAGGCCGCAUUUACAGCCGUGGACCGGAUGGAGGCCACUUUGCCGAAAGAACUGCUCUCGGCCCUGGCGGACUACAUCGAAGUUUUCAUGUCCGUACGCGCACACAUCAUGAUACGCUUCGGCAUGUGGGAUGAGAUUAUCAAAAUUGCGAUCCCCUCAGAUCCAGACCUGUACUGCAUGACGAUAGCGGUUCUGCACUAUGCCAAGGGUGUGGCAUAUGCAGCUUCAGGGAACGUGCCGGAUGCAGAGCGAGAGCGAGAUCUAUAUCGAGCAGCGCGGGAUCGAGUCCCGGAUACGCGCUUGGACUGGCCCAACAAGUGCAUUGAUAUUCUGGGGGUGGCGUCGGAAAUGCUGGACGGAGAGAUCGAGUACCGUCGCGGGAACUACACGGAGGCUUUCGAGCAUCUACGUCGCUCGAUUGAAUUGGAUGAUGGGCUGGGCUACAGUGAGCCCUGGAGUUGGAUGCAACCCACCCGCCAUGCAUACGCUGCUCUCUUGCUAGAGCAGGGCCAUGUCGAGGAUGCAGCGGCUGUCUACCAGGCUGACUUGGGUAUCGAUAGCACUCUAAUCCGUGCUCGUCAGCAUCCGAAUAAUGUAUGGGCUUUGCAGGGCUACCAUGAAUGCUUGAUACGUCUUGGUCGACAUGAAGAGGCGAGCAUUAUUGCGCCGCAGCAAUUAGACAAGAUGCCUCGUGUCGUCGAACAUCGAAAACACGUUGUGAUGGCCAGCAUCCCUGUGGCAGUUGCUUUGGUAGAAAAAGAGAGUGUAGUUAUCGACCCAGUCGCCGGGGUGGUCCUCGCAGAGGAGCCCAAACCAUUCCUUGAUAACACGAUUGGUCUGGUAUCGCCAUUCGCUGGGAUCCACAAUCUUGACCUGUCCCCGGAUUCUCUGUCAAUUGUGGAUGGAACCCACCAGAUCUGGGGCCAACUCACCCCGCAUGAUGAUAGCUCCUUUGACUCGGUUCCUGUGCACGAUGUGGGGUCAUCAGUGAUACGUGCCUAUCAAUCCGAAACGGAAAUUGCCAAUGCCUACUAUAUUUACAUCCAUCCAUAUUUACCCUUGCUGCCGCCUUCGGUGGCACCACAGCACGAAGAUCAUCCUACCCUUAUUGGGCCAUUUGACCAAAGUUCUCAAGCAAAAAAGUGCCAUAUGCCUUACUGGCCAACAUCGUCGCUGAGUCUUGCUUUGUCCGCAAUGCUAGUGCUCAUACCUACCACUGAAGACACCUUUCCAAUGGCCGAACCGAGCCUUGCGCGUAGGCGGUUGUACGCACAGCUAUUUGCCCAGGCGGCACUGGCUGCUGUGGAAACUGAAACUGACGAUUUGUUACCUGCUUUGAGCACCAAUUUACCUGGGACAGAAUCCCUUCGGGUACAAAGUGAGCUACAUCCUCAGGUAUCUACUCAGCUUCAUCCGAUUCUGGCUCUUGUGGUCCUUGGCAUUUAUGAGUAUUGCCAGCGUGGUAAUAUAUCCAGAAUGCGGGCUCGAGGUAACCAGGCUAUCACAACUGCUAUGGAUAUCUCCAUUCAUAGACUUGACUCGACAACGACGGAUUAUUCUGAGGCACAGAGACGAGCUUGGUGGAUGACGAUUUGGAUCUCAUAUCUAUCGUCGAACCUCCAUUUUUCUCCACCAAUUGUUUCUUUGAAUGAUCCACGAAUAACGACUCCUUAUCCUAAAUUUGAUGUAUAUCUGGAGCCAUGGCCCAUAAUGAUGAAAACACAAGAGGCUCUUUUCGAGUCUAGCAAAAUUGUCCAGAACAUCGAACGCGUGGAUGAAACAACCGUUCUCUCCGAUUUUGGCACUCGAAUACGCAAACUGGAUUCGAAAAUUGCAUCUUUGAUAGGCGAAACCGACCGCCACCUUCUGACGACUUUUGAUGAAAACCCAGAAGCAUCCGUAGCCCAAAACAUGUGGAUGAUCAGCCGAAUGUUCAUCCAUGCUGCUCGCACUCGACUGCACCGCUUUCGGGCAUUCAUGGACAUUCCACUUUUCCUCGACAAAUACUGCGAUCUCACAGCAAUCAACAGUGCGGAUUUCCCGCAUCAAACAUCUCCUCCCAAAUGGGUGACAGACUGCGAGAUCUCAUUCCCGUUCACCGAGCAGGAAUCCUCGAUCAUCUGCCUCAAGUCCUCGCUCGUGGUCACGACAAUAUAUCGCAAUUUACCGUAUCCGAAUCCACUUGGGUCAGCACCUUCUUCUAGGUCCCCGACAUAUCCGAAAACCAUUCCUUACUUUGCUUGCUCGGGGAUACAAAGCUGCUACGCUCUUCUCAUGCUACUGCAUCGACUGCGUGCCUCUCUAGCGACGGAUCGGCUUGCAGAUUGUUAUCACCUGCUCAAUAACCCUACUCCUGCAUCGGAGAUUGCUGAUGCUGAUAGAUUGAAGGAGGAGCUGCGACAUGGGGUGGAAAUUCUUGGCAGAUCUCUGAAAUCUGAUGUGAUUUUCGAGGGCGUUGGGGGAAUCGCCGUCAGUGGCGGCGCCGACUCUAUGGCUCUGGCAUACCUAUGCAAGCAACUAGAACGAUCGUCAGAUGUUGCUGGAGCCAUUUCUGUCACUGCCUUUGUGGUAGAUCAUCGUGCCCGUCCAGAAAGCACUGUUGAGGCACAAAAGGUUGCUGGCUGGCUUCGUGAUAUGGACAUAAAAACCCAGAUCCUCAGUCUGGACUGGUCUGAAAUUACUUCAAGUCAAUUGUCUUCGCCAAAGUCUGGAGCAUCGAGUCCUCUGCCAUCCGCCUUUGAGACACAUGCUCGACGACUCCGUUUCCAAGCCCUCGGCAUAGCUUGUCAUGAAUUCAAACUUGAAACGUUGCUUUUAGGCCAUCAUCAAGAUGACAACGUCGAAACCACCAUUUGGCGGCUAUCCGCUGGGGCAAGUGGUUUAGGUCUUGGCGGCAUCCCCGAAGUUGCUCGAAUUCCCGAAUGCCAUGGUCUCUUCGGGGCUUCUGAGAGCUGGUCGACUACAUCAAUCCCCACAAGACCACCGACAAAACCCCAACCCAAAGUUCGAUUCGAUAACCAGAAGCAUGGGUUCAUCACUUUCCCUGACCCAAACGCUAGGACAGAUAAAGUCUACUCUAAUCACACAUCCAAAGUAAACAUGGCAAGCCCCGGCAUAUUCAUCUGCCGACCUCUACUCUCCUUCACCAAAUCAAGUCUUUUGGAGACCUGCCACAAAAACAAAGUCCCCUACGUCUCCGACCCAACAAAUUUCGACCCAACCCUCACUCCCCGGAACGCCAUCCGCAGCCUUCGCACCUCAAACUCCCUACCUCGUGCGCUGGAAUCACAAUCCAUCCUCUCCCUAAUCCGAUCAAGCCAAAACCUCCUCCAGAGGUCAAACGAGCUUUCCAACUACCUCCUCUCAUCCCAAUGCCGAAUUCUAGAUUUCAACCCCAAGGCAGGGUCAGCGGUCAUUCAAUUCCUAAACACAAGCCCAGCAUCCAUGGACCCCCAACUGGCAACAUUAUCAGCUUCUCGAACCCGACAGAUCCAGACUAUCGUUCUCCGCCGCAUCACAGAACUAGUCUCUCCAUUCCCCGAUAGCCAUUUCUCGCUACGCAGCUAUGAGUCACUAGUUUCCAAUGUGUUCCCCGGUCAAGAUAGCUCUCAUGAUGCAAGCGCCACAUCCAAUGACCAGAAAAGAAGAAAGGCCUUCACGGUAGCAGGGGUUUUAUUCCAGCGCCUCGAAAGCGAAGCCUCCACGCUUGGAAAGUCCCAAGACCCACGUCGCGGGGGUGAUAAUAUCUGGUUGCUAUCCCGACAACCAUUCAUGAGAGAUCGUGACCCCGUGACGCAGAUCAACGUCUCGCCUAGUGGCAGUUUUACUCCGUGGGUUUUGUGGGAUAACCGGUACUGGAUGCGGCUUCGUCUUGUUGCGGUCGACCGUGAUCCCAGUGAGCUGGGGGAUCAAUUGAUAAGUGUCCCACUUACUAUACGUCCGUUCCACAAAUUUGAUAUUGAACGGAUACGCAAAAAUACGGUUCAUUCAAGGCCGCUGGGGCGAACGACCAAGGAUUCCGCUGCUGAACAGAAAAUGCCCGGGACUUUUGAGUACCUCAAAGCCCUCUUGUCUGCUGAAGCGCCUGCUCAGCUGCGGUUUACUUUACCUGUGAUAUCAAGGGAAGGCAUCAUAUCUAAGCCAGAAAAGCCUCUGGGUCAGAAGGUUUGGCAACAGCUGGCAUUGCCAACUUUGGACUAUCGGCUAUCUGGCCAUUCGGCUAAGUAUUCUUCUCUCAGUGAGGUGGAAUUGGUACAUCUACGCUGUCGCUGGAAACUGAAAUGGCAGUGGAUGUACAAAACGAUUGACACUGAGGCACUACGCCUGAUGGGCUGGCCGGUGGAUAAAGAUGCCGAAGAGGCUUAG